CUCGGCGCGCGUGCGCACUAGGGAGCGCGAGUGGAGGUCAAAUUGCUCAGGAUCGGGAGCAAUGAGCAUUACCUCCCUCCUGAAGUCCUCCGAAGCCUCCCUCCGACGGCGUUGGCACCACAGGGCCUGCUCCUCAGUGGCCCCCUUGGCUCCAACCUUGGCAUUUGUGCCUGCCUGCCCACCUGUGGACCCCAAAGGACUCCAAAAGCUGCAGGAGUUUCUCUUCAACUCCCAGAGGCUCUUCGUCUUAACCGGAGCUGGCAUCUCCACUGAAUCGGGGAUACCGGAUUACCGUUCCGAAGGCGUGGGCCUCUACGCCCGGACCGACCGGCGCCCCAUCCAGCAUGCCGAGUUUCUCCGGAGCGCCAAAGCCCGCCAGAGGUACUGGGCCAGGAAUUUUGUGGGUUGGCCUCAGUUCUCCUGCCAUCGCCCCAACGUUGCCCACCUGGCCCUGAGGAGCUGGGAGCAGGCAGGGAGACUCCACUGGCUGGUCACCCAGAACGUCGAUGCCCUCCAUGCCAAGGCUGGGAGCCAGCGUCUGACCGAGCUCCACGGCUGCACCCACAGGGUCCUGUGCCUCAGCUGUGGUGACCAAACCUCCCGGGCCGACCUCCAGGAGCGGUUCCAGGCCCUGAACCCCACAUGGCAAGCCGAGGCACUUGGGGUGGCCCCUGACGGUGACGUCUUUCUCUCGGAGGAGCAAGUGCGCACUUUUUGCGUCCCGACCUGCAACAAAUGUGGUGGGCCCCUCAAGCCAGACGUGACGUUCUUUGGGGAUACCGUCGGCAAAGAGAAAGUGGACUUUGUGUACCAGCGCCUGGCCGAGUCGGAUGCCAUCCUGGUGGCUGGCUCCUCGCUCCAGGUGUACUCGGCCUACAAGUUUGCCCUCGCAGCUCGGGACCGGAAGCAGCCGAUGGCUAUCGUGAACAUUGGCCCCACAAGGGCUGAUUCCUUUGCAUCUUUGAAGCUGAGUUCUCGGUGUGGGGAACUGCUGCCUUUGGUUGUCCUCAAGUGAUCCAGUUCAGCACACCAGAAAAUAAAUCCUUGGGGAAGAGACAUUACUGUAGUGCUGGGGACUCACACCUUUGCUCAGGUUCCACAUGUUCUGGAUUGAGUGGCACAACAGCCAAGCGGUGCCACCCCAGGAACAGAUUUUUGGGACGCCAACCCAUUUGCCACUCUUUCAUCUGUCAGAACUCCUUGCUCCAUAAAUUCCUUGAGCUCUGCAACAGUGACUGCCACUUGCUUUUGUCGUGAUGCACCGUGAAAAGCAGGGGAACAGAUGGUUUGCUGCCUUGCAUCGCUGGCCACAUCAUCACACAAAGCCCCAAGGGAGAGAAGAAUCCUGGAAGGCCUUGUGUCUCACCCUCAGACAGCCCAGGAGGGUGAGAAACGUCAAGAAGGAUUUAGGGGAUCCAGAACAAGGAGGAAAGAACUGUGACAGUUGUAGGGAUCCCAUACCAUGCUGGAUUGCCAUCUUGCACCGGAUGAACGUACUCCAAUCCCCAGGACUGAAAUGGGAUUUCGCCUGUCCAGGCAUGUCUAUCAGGAACAUUACAAUGGCCUUCUACCCCAAAACCAUUCCCUACCCCCGGGGAUUAGAUGACUGCAUUUACAAGUCCCUGGGAAUUAUUUUAAGUUGACUGUAUGAACCAGUCUAAAUCCUUAGAGAGAGGCUGGAUAGAACAAUUGCAAAUAAAACUAAGGAUAUUUAUUUCACUAGCCUGUAUGGGUUAGCAGGGUGAUGCUUAGCAGGAGUGGGGCUGGGAUGUCAGGGUGGCCUACUGCACAAUUUCAAGCAAUUUGUGCUCCGGAAACAUAUAUAAAGCCCUGCAAACAUGUGAAAUUAGAAUGAUAUGUAUCUUAACUUAUGAAAGGGUUUUCCCCCCUCACCAGUAUGCUCCUGCAUACAUUUAGUGGUGACAGAUCCUCUUAUGGACUGGGAACAAUGUAGACUGUCCUUUAACGCAACUCUGUGGUCAACAUCUGCCAAAAGUGGACCAUAGAAUCAUGCUGGAGGACCUACAAAUACCCAGAGAAGUGUUUUCUCUAGGAAUCUCCAGCACGACUCCAAAUUCCAGCAGAGUUGUGACCUAGAGAUUCGUAGAGAGAACAUAUUAAUCACAUCCACAGAAGUCAACG